UAAUAAUUAUUACCAUUAUAUUAUAAUAAUUAUCAUGCCAUUUUGUCUGAUGAAGUCAGUGAUAAAAUCACGAGUCCACAAAAAUGAUAAUAAAUCAACGAGUCAAUAUCCAACACUAGGAACAUCAAAAAAAAAAGAUAAAAAAUUAAAAGAUUCAUUUGUAAAAAAUAAUUCAACAACUGGAUAUUCAGCAUUAUCAAUUAUGACACGAUUUAAUUUUACAAAAAUUAAUUCAAUGAAUGAUUUUGGAUUAAAUUUUAUUGAUGUUAAUGAAGAUCCAAUUGGUUUAGUUGACAAAUUAAUACCACCACCACCACCACCACCACCAUCAUCAUUAUCAUCAUGUAAUUAUAAAGUUAUGCCUGAAUUAAAAAAGCUACCAGAAUUAUCACAAAUAAAAAUACAAACAAAUCAAUGGAACCAAAAAAUUAAUCAUCAAAUUGAAUUGCCAAGGGUUGUUGAAAUAAAACCAAAUAAAAUUGAAUUGAAAAACAAUUUAAACCAAGAUGACGUUAUUCAACAAAAUUGGAAAAAAAAUAAAGUCAUGCAUUAUUGUCCUUAUUGUCAAAAAUGUUUUGAUCGUCCUUGGGUAUUGAAAGGUCAUCUGAGAUUACAUACUGGUGAAAGACCAUUUGAAUGUCCAGUAUGUCAUAAAUCAUUUGCUGAUAGAUCAAAUUUGAGGGCUCAUCAAAGAACCAGAAAUCAUCAUCAGUGGGAAUGGCGUUGUCAAGAAUGUUACAAAGCCUUUUCACAACGAAGAUAUUUGGACAGACAUUGUCCAGAAGCAUGUCGUAAAUAUCGUCUUUCUCAAAAACGAGAAUAAUU